AUUAGUAUCGGAGAUAUAAUUGCGAAUGGAAGUUACUCCGUAAUUCAGGCGAAGGCGCUAAAUCAACUCCAGCUAGGCUAGAGAGGAAUGGAGGCGAUGGUCCGUGACAACAUUUUCCAGUUCAACCUGGCAAAGACCAACUCACUUUACCCUAACAACGCCGCACGAUUCUUCCUCGCUCUCAUGCCUUGUUAUCGAGAUACUACUAUUACUCGCGAUGGCUUUCAGUCCAGCUACGGCAGGUUCUUCACAGACAACGGUCGGGUCGAGCGAGUCGACGGCGCCUCUCUGCGGCGAAUGUUCCUACCCAAGAUCACACCUGAAGGAAAUGAGCAGCUGAGAGAUUGUCGAAACUUUGUUCGCGACCAAUUACAGCAUUAUGGGGUGUCCUUUGAUGAAAGCCAGUUCUCUGGUAACGGAAUGAUGCUGUUGAAACGGUGCCUGGAGGCGGGGAAAUGUGACACCGUUCCCGUGCAUAUUCUAUCGCUGCAAGAGCAGAUGCACCGCGAGUGGAUCGAGACGCAGGACAGGGAGUAUAUUGCUGAUUAUGUGGACUGGUGCAUAUCGAAUUGGACAGAUGCAAGAAGCCGCGAAAAGGUUUCCGGUCUACAUCAAGAAACGGCUCGGGGCUGUAUAAUACAAACUGUUUUCAUGGGCUGGGACAGUGCUGCAGUGAAGAAAGCGGCUAGCGGUCAUGCUGCUAAGGGAAAGAAGGAAUUUGAGGCACCAAAGAAAAAACUUAAGGAAGAAGAGGACAAACUAGCCGCUGAGAAAACAGAGAAGCACAACGAGUACCUCAAAUCCUUAAAGAAGAAGAAAACGAACCCGUCUCCCAUUGGGGCAGAUGAGCUAAAUUUAGACAUACAUGCCACCGACGAGCCUGGAAAUUUCCAGGCUUGUUUUGAUUUCGGGGUUAUUGAGGGCGUUAUGCUUAUCGGGACUGAUAUCGCAGCACUGAAGCAGUACGGUGCUCAGGCGGACCGCGAAGCCGAAGGCGAUUCAGAGGAAGAGGACGGUGGAACACCACAGAUAGGGACCAAGAGAAAAGCACUCUCUCCUAACAAGGAUCGCGGACGGCCAAAGAAGGCCCAGGCAGGGACACCCCAGACGUAUCAGCUGAGAUCAAGACACCGUGAACAAGGCGAGGGCGUGAUUGACCCUGACCCGGCUGCUGGCAUUAUCAAAUUCAAAGAUAAGCACCUCGCUGAAUUUGUGGGUAGGGCAGAUCUUUCCGACGUUGGAAGUGGAGUCUCUUUCACUGCACGAAAGAUUACUGAUGAGCCAUGUCCGCGUCGGAGGGAAUGGGCCGAUUACUCGGAGGAACAAUACGAGAGAGAACUAGUGGGCAGAUGGCACUAA